ACAAACUCGAGCUCCUUCGAGUUUACGGCACGACGCGGUCAGGCGUACUGUUUGCCGACGCAAGACAGAGUCGUUGGCCGUGGAGAGAGAGAGAGAGAGAGAGAGAGACAGACUUCGUUGUGUUCAUCGAUGUUGAUAAACUCCGUCGUGGAAGUGUCGUCGGCGACGAUCAUUCGCCCAAAUACUUCCCCGCGUUGUAACCUUUCGUUAAUGCCGACCUGCUAAUCUCUGUCCCGUGCGUUUGUUCCAUCCAAGACACUCAACAUCGUAAUCAGUCGCUAUAGUAGACAUCGCGAGAUCGCAAAGUCUCGAAAUCCGACUACCGAGCAUAGUGGUGUAUAAAGGAAGCAGGUCGCAAGAUCGACCUGAGAGUCCCACGGUGGUGGUGCGAGGAGGAAUGCCCUCACUGCCAUCCUCCAGGCAAGGCCUCGCCGUAAGUGGCUCCGGUGCACCUCACCAGAACGCCUCGGAAUCGGAUAUGAUAGACGGGAAUGCCAACCCCAACAUCGGCACCGCCCCCGCAUCAAACUCGCUCCAUCAUCCCGCGCCCUCCUGCCCGCCCGACAAAUCGGACACCGAGAGCAAGAACUUUCGUAAUCGGACAAACACGAAACUGAAGUUGUUGGUCAGAAGCCAUGCCAUGAGAGAGUCGACGUCUCCCCCGCGGGAGCCGCACAACGGUCCACCGUCGCCGCACAGUCCACAGUCGGCGGACGCCGAGAAGAAAAUCGUGUGCAGCCUUUCGCCGAAUCCCACCGGCGCCAAACUCAACAACAACGAGUCGAUGUUCAACAGCAAUCUCUGUCCCGCUCAAUCCCCCAAGCAAAUGCGCCAUACGGCGACUUCACCGACCUGCCGGGCCCCGUCGCGAAAUGGUCAAUCUAGUCCCUCUCAGGUACACUCACCAAAGAACAUCACUUCUCCGACUAACGGCAAUAAGUUGGAGAACCAUCGCUCGAAGAUCACGAGCUCGAAUAUCAUUCAGAAAUGCAAUAACUGCGUGAAGAACAAUCAGAGCGACCGGCCGGGUCUACUGCAGACCCCGGUGUCGCCCUCCAAGUCCGGCCAGGCGCUGCAGCACUCGCCGAAGAGCACCAAUCUGGCGCCGAACGCGCAGAACAACCAGCACAAGUCCGAGCAACGCAGGCCGAACACGUUGAACAUCUGCAACAAUCAGUGCUCGGCGCAGUGCGGCAACACGCUCUCGGUGAACAGGCCGGCCUCCAGGCACAAGCUGAGACACCAGAAUUCGUCCCAGGGGAGCUACGACAGCGCGUCGCCAUGCCUCUCACGCGAUAGCAGCACGGAGUUGUACACAGACAGCACCGGAAUUGAUCUGGAGCAGUUUAUCGCGGAAACGAUAAACCGCAAUCAGAAGGAUCGCACGGUGCUGCUGAAGAUCGAGAAGGACUUAAUUGAGUUCGCCAAGGACCGGCAGAAGGUCUCCCAUAAAUUUCCGAAUAUGUCGUCAUACAAUAGAAUGCUGGUUCAUCGUGUGUCGGCUUACUUUGGUAUGGAACACAACGUGGAUCAGUCGGGCUUGAGUGUUAUUGUCACGAGGACGAAGAAUAUGCGAAUACCGGACACUCGUUUCAAGGAACACAUUAGAGACGAUUUGAUCUUGUCGGAGGAGCCACGCAGGAGCAUUCUAAAGAGGGACUCAAGCUCGUUUGAGGACAGCUUCAACUUCAAGUCGCCGGACAGGCUGUCGGGCGACUAUUGCCGGCGAAGCAAGAGCUUCGAGGAACGCGAGGAGGAAUACGAGCGCGCCAGACGGAGGAUAUUUAAGGACAGCAGCGGCGAGAGCAGUGAAAUCACGUCCUGGCCGUGGUCCUCGUCGGAGAGCUCGGACGCGUCGGCAAGGUAUCGCUUGCUACACCCUUCGGAUCACUUAAUUAGGCAAAACCGGCUAUUGAAAGGCGAAUCCUUUGACGGGAGGGACUCGUUCCGCGGUGCAGUGUUACGCCCCUCCGUCUCCAAGUCUUUCAGUUUCGGUGGGUACACUAAGGGUAUGCUAUCGAGAGGGGAUAGCGUCACGUCCACGCACAGCGCGGGAGCUCGCCUCAUGAAGCAAGAUUCGGGGGCUAGUAUGUGUUCACGUUUGAGUCCAUCGAGCAGCGGCUACAAGUCACAGAGCCAACGCAGCGACGCGACGAUAUCACCCUCUCCGUCGCCCUCUCCCGUAGCUACCAUGACGUGCAGCCACACUCAAGUAUCUAGUCAAGACUUGGCGUCGCCAGAGUCGAACGGCCAGACGGUCAUGUGGGCGGUUACCAGUAUAUCCAGCGUGCCGCCCGGCAGCAUAAUCAUAAACCCGCAGACGAACCAGCCGUACACGAACGCGGACGGCAGCAUCUACCGCUUCGACCCGGACAACCCGCCAAAGUUUUUUACGAUCGAGAAUGAGAACGGUAACCUCUCAUCCAACUCGGUCAGCAAGCACGCGGAAUUAACCGAGUCGUCCAGGACGACGAACAGCUCGUGCAAGAAUGACGGCAAGAAGCAGCGUUCGCAGUCGAAGAUGAACGUCGCCAACACGACCACCCAAGUGACGAAUACGGCGACGUCGCCCAGUCUGCCGUUCACGCCGCCGCCACCGCCGCCGCCGCCUCCUCCGCAAAACCCACCCAUUCCGCAGCAGCAACCGCAGCAACAGCAGCAACAACAGCAGCAGCAACAACCACCGCCGCCGCCGCCGCAACCGCAGCAAAGUCUAGUCAAAUCGUCACCAACGGUGCAGACGUGUAGUCAUAACCAAACGGCUCAACCGUACGCGACCUAUGUACCUACCUCAGAACCGUACAACCAGGGUGUCUAUCCGCCUCCUAUGGGGCAACCGACUGUGAUGAUGGCGCCUCAUCCGACUCAGGGUCAAGCAAGCGUACAGAACGGCGGCCAAGGGGACGUUCUCUUCAAUCAGAACCAGCUCUAUGCCAACUACGCGGUACCUAUGCACCAAGGACCGCAGUCAGGGGACGUGGCCGAAUUGUCUGGCUAUUUCUUGGGGAUGAAUAUCUACGAUCAGCGCGGCGGCGGAGACAACCACUCGACACCGCCGCACUCGUAUCCGCAACCACCCACGAAUCAGACCGUGCAGAAUGUGCAGACGGUGCAGCCGAAUUACUGGCAACCACCGCCGAAUCAGAUACCGCCCCAGCAAACCAUGUACUUCGUACCUCCGCCCGGAACGACGAUCUCAGUCGGCCAGAAUCCGGGGGACAGGCAGCAGCUGCAUCAACAACAGAGGUUCCCGACGAAUUAUUCCUUCAACGCGCAAACGAUGACUCCUCCGAGCCAAGCGAAUUCUAAUUACGUGGGCAGUUACCCGGUACCCUACAAUUCUGUGCCGGCGGUAACCCCGUCACCGGGCGAUUAUACGUAUCAACCUCCGGUCCAUAUGGUUCCUACGUAUUAUCCGCCGGGACAACCAGCAGCAAUGCAACCGCCGCCUGUGAUGUACAGAGUACCGACACCACCAAACACACCGACGUCCAAUCAGAUACCCGGUAUGCCGUUGAUGUACGUCAACUCGAGCAGCUACGCACCGCCAGUAAUGUCCGGCGGCACAUUUGGACACCACCAGGUCGCUCACAAUGGCACGUCCCCGGCGCCGCCCGGCGCGUACAUGGCAUCCACGCUGGUUCCCAAUCUCGUCUUCAGACAAAACGUUCCUGUCGUUCCCGGUGUUCGAGCCACAACGCCAGGUAACUCCCAAAGAGCGAGCCGGUCCCCGACUCCGGCGCACGAGCUCUUCGGAAGUGGGAACGGGGACAGAAGCGCACAACCACAACCGCGUUACCCACUGCCAAUGUAUCAGGGUGUCCAUAUCGUGCCAGGUACCUUGAGAUGCACUCACGCACGGUCGUUCGACUUCUCCUCACAGAAUUCGUUUCUAAACGAAUCCCUCAACACCAUAGGGGAUAUGAGAUUGAUGCAUCCUGGCGUACCAACCAAUUCACGGUUGCAGUAUGCACCAGUAUCAUCACCGCCUGUUGUUCAAGGCUGCCCGCGGCCGUACAGGCCGCCCUCGUAUUCAUCCAACACCUCGGGAGGCGGCACUCCAACUUCCUUCGACGGCAGAAAUCAGAAAAUUCGCAAACAGAGGUCCAAAGUAGCCACUUUACCACCGACCGGCGCGCGGCCCAAUCUCUAUCAGGCGCCCUCCGUGCCGUCGCUCGCGCCGAACGUGCCCAAGGACAUCAGAGAAGGAACGGUAAAGGUGACAAUCACCCGUCGGAAUCAGCUGGUACAAUAUUGAGGGAAUGAGAAAGGGCGCGGCAGGAUGUAACAUCGCUGGUGCGGCGCGAAUUCGAGACCGGUUAACCCAAGAAGAACCGAGAUCGGCGACGCAUCGUCAGACACACGAUUCCUACAUGCUACAUAAUUAAUUAUUGUCCUAAAUUAUUUCAAGAGAGUCACAGGGACGCUAUAUUCGGAGAGGGAGAGAAGAAAAACGUAGCGUCCCUGUGAUGUGCGUACGUAUGGGAAAUAUGUGUGAGAGGAGACGACAGUAUAUAUAUAUAUACCGUAACGCGAAUUUCUCUUUUCGUUUUUCCGAGCACGCAAGAGGAGCGAGAAACGCAAUUCGAACCCUUUUUUAAUUCGAAAUUCACGCUCGAUCAAGUCUGAAUUACCAUGACAACGGCAGGAGGAGAGCAUGAGCGAGAAAGCGAGAACGAUAAUUUAGGAAAAAAAAAAGAGAAGAAGAAAAAAAAAACUGUUAUCACAUGAGUGCUCCAAAACGUAAGAACGAACUAAUGAAUCAGUGGUGCACCGAACAAUUACGGGACAAAAGAUUUUAAUUACUAUUACGAUCAUUAUAUAUGUAUAUAUAUAUAUUAUAUAUAUACAGUAUAUAUAUAUAUUAUACUUGAAGAUAUUUUAACUGCGGUUUUACAGAUACUAUAUGAAUGUGAGAUUUACUUUUAAGAGACAUUAUCUUUAAAGUCAGAGAAAACACACACGCUCACACAUACACGACAAACGAAUUUACGCGGAGGUGAUUGUCGCGGCGAUAUCGAAUCGCCGGGAGAAUCCCCGCGACGAUUAACAGCAACACGUAACGGAAAACAAAGAAGAAAACUACACUCUACUGAGUACGUUUACAAAAACAAAUUCACACCUGAGAGCUCUGGAACUCGGUGUCGAUCGUUCCCCGGUCAAUACGAUUUUACCACCUGUCUACCUACCUACCUAUCUACCUAUUUAUCUAUAUCUGCUAAUUUUGAUACGCGCUGCCAUCGCAUCGGUCAACGAAUAUUGCGUUAACGUCCCGUCGCUGCCCGUUUCGAGUCCAUUUUGAACGAGUUAUUUGCUACCUCAGCGUAAAUAUCUAUAUAUGAAAAUUCUAAAAGUUGCCGCGCGCGUUGACGAUGCCGCACACAACACACACACACACACAUAUACACACAUUCUCUUCUACGCUUCUCUAUUCAAACACGUGUCUCUAUUGACGACAGGAACUUUUACGCACCACGCAGAAAGUUUACAUCUGAUUUCUACAAAAGACGUAUACUCGAGAAUUUUUAUUAUGUUUUACGAAGCCGCGAUACGAAACUAUAUACAUGUAUACAUAUAUUAAAGACAAAAGCGGAAACAAUAUGAUUAUCCGAAGAGGGAGGGUGAGAAAAGAAGAGGAUACGCGAAUUUAACGUUUUACACUCAACACGGCGUUCUCUCUAAGGUUCAAGCAGACACGUAUAUCGAGACAUCCCUAUACAUCGUCGCGAGUUGAAAGGAUUAUAAGCAGUGUGCGUAACUGACCAUAAGUAAAAAUAUGUAAACGUAUUCAGUACACGGUCUCUGUGUCUCUAGUUUUGAGCGGUAGUUAAGUAGCGUGAAGCCAUCACAGCCUGAUAUAUUCCACGUUGAAACGAACCACGAACCUCUAUUCUGUACUCUCUUGCGCUCGCGCAGAAAGAUCAUUGAACAUUUGUUAAUCGACCCCUUUGAGUCACAACACCGUGCGUGAUUGAUUUCGACGAUUCUCCUUUCGUUUCUCCCGGAUGAAUAUGCGAAUCCGUCGCCAGUGUCUCGAUACCCGGCGAUAUCGGCGCGUCUUCACCAACCACCGUCAAAUAAUUCGUCUUCCAGUAUGUGCAGCGCACGCUUCGCGCAAGAGCUCUCUCACAAGUUUCCCUUUUCGGUUACCCUUCGGUCACGCAGCAGACGCACUUCUCACGCACGCACAGGCAUACAUGGAACACGCACACAUACAUACACACAUAUACACCACACACAAGCACGUUCCAACGAAAUAGAAGCGUACACGCGAUUAUCAUGCAACAGCUGUAGCGGUGAUGGUGACACGCGGUCCGUGGUUAAUUAAUAACGUCUCCGUCUGUGAAAAAAAAAAAAAAAACUAUAGGCGAAGCAACGCGGGCACACCUCGCGCCGUUGAGGAACCACCAACGCGCGGUAUGUGUGUGUGUGUGUGUGUGUGUGUGUGUGUGUGUGUGUGCGUGUGCGCGCGCGUGUGUGUGUGUGUGUGAGUAUUGUUUUACUUUCGCGAGCCGAGAUCGAGAACUGUGCAUUCUCUCACGCGUAGAUAGAGUAUAGAAGCGUAUGAAGAAGAAGAAAACAUUAGGUAUCCUCACUGUUAGUCAUUACUUUUCGUAGAUAGUAGAACGGCGUGAGAUUGCGAGGGCCGCCCACGUUGCUCCGCGACACAAAAACCAAGUGGAAUCCAUCCAGAAGCUUCGCUUACGGUGAUUGUACUUCAGAACGUAGGUGAAGGUGUGCCUAUCUUUUUUUAUGACAGUUUAAAUAAGCGAGAGAGAAAGAACAAGCGCGCGCUCGUGCGAACUCUUGUCUUCAUCCUUCAGCCGGAACGGAGGCAGGGAGGGAGGGAGGGAGGGUGGAUAGAUGGACGGAUGGGUGAGAGUCAGGGGGGAGAGUGAAGAGGAGCGCUACUUUAAGGAUAAAGCGCGCGCGACGAAGAUUUUAAUCUCGUUAUAGGCUUAAAAAAUAGGGAAAAAAAAAAGAAACGAAAGAGACCUGAGCAGAUAACUAAGCGAGAAGAUAUAGGUAACACUCACACACGUACACUCGAUUAUAAAGAGAUGGGCGCACAGAAAAGCAUAGUAUUUAACUGUACCUAAAACGUCGUCGUAGUGAUUAAAGAAGAAGAUGAAGAAGAAAAAGAAAAAAAAUAAUCGUACCUAUUAAAAAGAGCAGUUCACGCAUCUCCUUAAGAUAAAAUAACGAUAAGUAAAAGAGGAUUAAGAGGAAAGGGAUACGAAGAAGAGAGAAACCAGAGUAAAAAAAAAAUAAGUUAUAUCGGCCGUCAACGGAACCGCCACCAAGUAUCGUCCGACACCCUCACGGCACCACACAUAUUAUAUAUUUUGUAGGCGAUCGCGCGAUUAUUCAUGUGAUUUACCGAGUAUUUAUAUACGAACCGGUUUAGGCGAGAGGGCGGAGAGAAAGGGAGCAAGAUAAGAGAGAGAAAUCGUACCAGGGUGUGAUAUAUAUACAUACAUAUAUAUAUAUAUACAUAUAUAUAUAUGUGUGUGCGCGCGGACGUGUUUUUGUAUAGUGUACAAUAAUAUAAUUUCGCGCGGACGUUACUUGUUAGGCCGUCGCUUCUCUUCGUGCGAUAGCUAAAACGACAGACGAACCAAAAAUGGCAACAUAUAUACACACACACACACGUAAACAGAAGCACGCACAUGUGUACACAAAUGAACGAUCGCGUUUGCAUAUUUCCCGUUUCGUUAUGCUUUUAACCGCGUGUUCGACACACCUGUUCGGCAUCGUGUUGCACGAUUGCGUCGACGUUUUGCAUUUUUACGCGGAUUUACAUUGUAAUCACGAUGCACUAGUGGAUAUGUAUGAUGUGUAUAUAUAUGUAUGAGUUGCGCGAAGCAUACGAAGAAAUUACAGCGAUUUCAAUUGUCAUUUCGACCGUCGGAUCGUCCGCGAAACGCUUGCGAAAUUCGUUGCCGAAGAGCGGAGAGAGAGAAGAACGCGAGAUAUUACGAAGUGCGCGGCAGGUGUGGCGAAUCGUCCCUCGAUUCCGCUUGACUGAUUUCCUCCGAAUAUUCUAAAGAUCGAGUCACACAAGCGAGAAGAAAACGCAAUGCGAGAAACAGCCGUUCGGGCGACUCUCGUCUUAAGAGAAUCCUAAGAUUACGAGCGAUGAAAAAGAAGAGAACGGGUAUUAUAAGUACUGUGAGCUUGUAAGACCUCAUCAUUGGUUUACCACUAUUUUUGUAUGCGACGUGAGGCGAUUGUUAGCAGCGAGCAAUAAAUUGGCGAGUCGGCAGAAUGGGAAAGAAGCGAGGGAGGGAAGUUCCCGUGCGUCAGACUAGGUAUUGCAGUUUGAGAACCACAGAUUAAAGAUUGAGAUUUUAUUGAAGUGAUUGCCAACCAACAGUAACAUUCCCGCUUAAAAUUGUGUAAACGAUAAGAUUGCAUUACAAUCAGACUGAAUUUCAAUCAUUAUCUUAUUGAUUCACAGUGAUUUAGAUUGAAAUUCGAACUAAACUUUGUGUAACAUUAUCGUGUUGUGUUCAUCAUAUUAAAUAGGGAUCAAUGUAAACAUUUCCCACAUUGUUAUAUGUUAUAUGUGCAUACAUGUUGCAUGCAAUAGUUACAACAUUGAUGUAGCGUUAUUUUUUAGUCGAUGUUUAUUGGACUUUUUUUCAAUGUCUUGUCUGAUCCGCGAGUCUAAGGUCGAUUCUCUCACCCUCGUCUUUCUCUUCUGAAUCCUUCCGCCGACUCGCAAACGUGCAUCCUUCGAGGAUUCGCGUCCUUAGCGACAGCUGAAUCACGAACACAGACACACACACACACACACCUACAUACCUACACACAUCCGUUCUAUGUAACGAGAGCAAUCCUGUACGUUUCAAACCGCGCGCUCGCGGAUAUCAUCGCGAUCAUUCGCGAACAGAAUAAAACGGAACAUCAUUCGUUUCUCCAUUCAUUCA